AAAUACACGUCACGGAUCCGUGCCAUGUUCCAAGAUCCAAUUAUUAUCAUCUCACGAAACGUAUAAAUUCGAAACCGAAACCCCUCAAAAAAAUCAUCAUCUCUAGUUGUUUCAUAUUCCCCAGAAGAAUUCAAUUCAUCGUUCAAUCUCUUCGAGAUAAUGGCGCCCAAGGCAGAGAAGAAACCGGCGGAGAAAGGACCAGCGAAGGCGGAGAAGAAGAUCGCGAAGGAAGGAACAAGCGAGGUAAAGAAGAAGAAGAAGACGAAGAAGAGCACGGAGACGUACAAGAUCUACAUCUUCAAGGUGUUGAAACAGGUUCAUCCAGAUAUUGGGAUCUCUGGUAAAGCCAUGGGGAUCAUGAACAGUUUCAUCAACGACAUCUUCGAGAAACUCGCUCAGGAAUCGUCUCGCCUCGCCAGGUACAAUAAGAAACCGACCAUUACCUCCCGUGAGAUCCAAACCGCCGUCAGACUCGUUUUGCCUGGUGAAUUGGCUAAGCAUGCCGUCUCUGAAGGCACCAAAGCCGUCACCAAAUUCACAAGCUCUUAGAUCUUUUCUUUGCUUUUCUUUCUUUUUGUCUUUUUAUCAAAUCUUAUCAUAUGAUUAUGAUACCUGAAUAAUAAUACAUUGUUCAUAUGAA